AUGGCCUUCAACGUCUUCCACGAGAGCGAGCACGGCACGGCCUUUGUCGUGGCCGUCGUGUCCAUCCCGAUAAGCGUUCUAGCCGUCUUUCUCCGGCUGCUCUCGACGCUGCACACCGGCAAGGGCAUGGGGCUGGAGAAUGUGUUCGCCGUUCUGGCCUUGGUGGCCUUUUUGGCCUAUGCGAGCAUUGACCUUUGGAUUCUCUGCACAAUGAACGGCAAGAGUGUGUUCCAGCUCGGCGCGCUGCCUCGCGACACCGUCAUCCAAAUCUACACAGCCGGAUACGUGAUGAACAUCAUGACACCGCUGAACCAGACGUUUGCGAAGUUGUGUCUGCUCGCCCUUUACCAUCGCCUCUUCUCGGCCAGCCGCAGGUUUGCCGUCCUCACGUAUACGGUGGCUGGGGUCCAGACUGCUUGGUGCAUUGCCGUGGUUUGCGUGAGGCUGUUUUUGUGCACCCCCAUCUCCGCCACCCUGAAUCCCUUCAUCAAGGGGAGAUGUCUGAACAGCCAGGUGCUGCUUGCCGCCGGCGACGCCGUCAACUCGUUCAUUGACUUUGUCAUGGUCGGCAUGGCCAUCUAUAUGGUGGUUAAGUUGAGGUUGUCGAGGGCGGACAAGAUGAAGCUGUCCGUCUUGUUCGCUCUGGGAGGCUUCGCCGGUAUCAUUGGCAUCAUCAAGAUUGGAGAGGCGUAUGGCACCAUUGGCACCAACGUCCGUAAUUCGAGCUGGAACAUGGCCCAGCAAGCCAGCAGCAUUGUGUGCUGCUGUGCACCAAUCUACAAGACGGUACUGUCCGAAUUUGGUAUAUUCCGGCGGCUCGGGUCGUCCCUUUUCUCGCGAAGCAAAAGCAAAAAGACGGAUUAUGGCGCCGGCGUCAGGACCUGGCCGCCAAACACGCUCAUCGGCAGUGGCGGCAGCCAAGGCAAGCACGAGGAACCUUGGAUUGGGCUCGAAGGGUCCAGCGAGCGCAAGCUCGUUUGGGCUGAAGUGCACAGCUCUCAAACCUCGCAGGAUUAA